ACCCCGCGCGCGGAAAGGGGCUGCAUGGAGCGAGGCUCCUAGUGUCUAUCCCCCCAAACCACCACACUCCCCACAUCUAAUCAGGAGAGUCUAUGUCAGGGAAGGGGGAGGAACAACAGCUGAUUGAAAAAAAUCAGCCCAGGGAGCUCAGCACGGAGAGGCCAGACCCUUCCAGGGUCCCUGCAGACCAAGACCCAAACCCCUGAGAACCCCAGGCUGAGACGCCCAUGGAAGAGUUCUAGAUUGAAACCCCUCAGGAAGGCCCCUCAGUGGACCCUCUGCCCUGCUCAGCAGCGGGAGCAUCUCAGGCCCCUCCUUGCGCCUCCUUCCCCACUUCCUCCCUCUUGCCUGGCCUGCUGGUGCCCAGCAGGGGGAAGGGGGCCAGCCAAGGCCAGUUAGAGACACAAGGCAGCCUGUUUCAGCCCAGGAGACAGAGGGCGCCUCUGUCCGCAGCUGGCCUCUUGCCCUGUUGGGUGUCUGUAUGUGAAGGGGUGGAGCCGGUGGGGGACAAGGGAGGAAGGACACUGAAGACAGGUCUCCCCACACAGCUCCAGCAGCCACACUUGCAGCCUUGACUGGCCACCUAGAACCUGUUUCCACUUCUGGCUGGCUGACUGUGCACUGCUGUGAUGGGCUCUGAGCUGGAGACAGCGAUGGAGACCCUCAUCAACGUGUUCCAUGCCCACUCGGGCAAGGAGGGGGACAAGUACAAGCUGAGCAAGAAGGAGCUGAAAGAGCUGCUGCAGACCGAGCUCUCUGGCUUCCUGGAUGCCCAGAAGGAUGCGGAUGCUGUGGACAAGGUGAUGAAGGAGCUAGAUGAGAAUGGAGACGGGGAGGUGGACUUCCAGGAGUAUGUGGUGCUGGUUGCUGCUCUCACAGUGGCCUGUAACAACUUCUUCUGGGAGAACAGAUGAGCAGACGCCAGUGGGCAGCGCCCUUCCUCUCAGCCCUGCCAGACCUGCCUCUUCACCCUGCUUCCACCUUAGCCCACUUCUCCCUCUCCCAUUCCCACUCUUGCCUACCUCUCCAAUCCACAAAGGGCGCAGGAGCAGCAGUCCAGGCCUACAACUCAUCUUUCAUUAAAGGCUCCUCUCUCACC